CGACUCUCCGGACUUCACCUGGACCUUGAUCCGCCAUGGCGCAAACAUGGAAUGUGUCCAAUCACGACUGGAAGCUGAUGAAGCAGAACAGCAGUUUGAUGCCCCACAAGUUCACCGUACAGGACAUGGACAACAAGAUCCGAAUGGCCAAGUAUGCGGUGCGUGGGGCGGUACCUGCGAGGGCUGGAGAGUUGGCACAGCAGCUGAAAGCGGGAGAGAAGCUACCCUUUGAUCGCUUGGUGUUUUGCAACAUUGGCAAUCCUCAUGCCGUGGGUCAGAAGCCGAUCACCUUCUACCGCCAGGUGGCGGCAGCUGUGACGGACCCUAGCCUUCUGAGUGCAGGCGUGACCUGGGGUAGGGGUCGAAGCUGGAAGGACAUGGAGCUGGGUCAAUGA